AAACGGCGCUCCGACGCUGCCGUCGCCGGCAUGAAGCCCCCGCAGCGGCGGCGAGCGGCCCCGGAGCGCUAUCUGGGCGAGGUGACCGGCCCCGCGGCCUGGAGCGCCCGCGAGAAGCGGCAGCUGCUACGACUGCUGCAGUCGCGGCGGGGCCAGCCGGAGCCGGACGCCGCCGAGCUGGCGCGGGAGCUGCCGGGCCGGAGCGAGGCCGAGAUCCGGGACUUCCUGCGGCAGCUCAAGGGCCGCGUGGCCCGGGAGGCCAUUCAGAGGGUGCAUCCAGGUGGCCCCCAGGGUCCAAGGCGCCGGGAAACACAGACCCCGGCCCCCAUCGAGGUGUGGAUGGACCUGGCUGAGAAGAUCACAGGCCCGCUGGAGGAAGCCCUGACUGUGGCUUUCUCCCAGGUGCUCACCAUCGCGGCCACGGAGCCCAUCAGCCUCCUGCACUCCAGGCCCCCCAAGCCCACGCAGGCCCGUGGAAAGCUACUGCUCGUCAGUGCCCCUGGAGGGCAGGAGGCCCCGGGCCCUGAGGCCCCUGGCCCCACCCACGAGGCGCCUGGCCCCACUCCUGAGGCUCCUGGUCCCACCCCGGGCCCCGCCCAUGAGGCCCAUGGUCCCGCCCCCAAGACCCCUGGCCCCACCCCUCAGGCUCCUGGUCCCGCCUGUAAGGCCCCUGGUCCCACCCCUUGCCCCGCCCCUAAGACACAUGGCCCCGCCCCUGAGGCACCCUGCGAAUCCCUCGCCGGCCCCUUGGGUGAGGGAGACUUCACCGUCGACUUUGAGAAGAUCUACAAGUACCUGUCGUCCAUCUCCCGCAGCUGCCAGGGCCCUGAGCUUUCCGCAGCUGAGUCAGCUGUGGUCCUCGACCUGCUCAUGGCGCUUCCCCAGGAGCUGCCCCGCCUGCCCUGCGCUGCCCUGGUUGAACAUCUGGCGGAUACGUACCUGCGCCUGACGGCCCCCCAGCCCGACCCCACCAGUGGGAGCCUGGGGCCCGCGGCCGAGGCUGGUGGGACAGGCUCCAGGGGGCAAGAGGAGGCCGGCCAGGCCACCCCCCAGGCCCCUGAGAAUGCCAGGCCCAGCGAGCCGAGACCCACUUGGCAAACAGCUGGGGUCUGUCCCCUGAACCCGUUCCUGGUGCCCCUGGAGCUUCUGGGCCAGGCGGCCACCCCUGCAAGGUGAGGGGCCCGCCCGGCAGAGGACACAGCAGACAUCCGUGAGCCCGCCGCCCUCAAUCCUGCUCGGGCUGACGCUGGGUUAUCAUGAGGAUCCGGUCAUAGUGGAAGGUCCUGGACACGGGACACAGUGCGGGGUGCCCUUUGAGAUGCUCGAUACCGCAGGGGUCUCAGGAAUUGAAGCCGAGUUGUACAGGGGUUCGGCUGUGGAACUGAGGAGGGGGAGCCAGGCGGCUGGGUUCAAACCAUCGUCAAAUACCCCCCCAUCCCUUCCUGCGCCCUGUGUUGUGUUCCUGUAACUGUGAAUAAAGUUCUCGUCAGUCUGCCUUGCUCUCUCUUUCC